UUCAGAAUGAGCGCUGUUUGCAGGACUCUAGGCUCCGGGACAGCCCUUCACCACCCGGGUGAUGAAGCUGGCCGCCAACGAGCUGGCGCUGGUGUGUUUUUAUAGAGAGGUUUAGCUGAGAGACCGUGCCCGCGUCACCAUGGCAACGUCGAAGACGAUAGAAUUUUGAUGACACGUGACGGGCACCUGUCAAUCAAACAUCUGUCGGAGAGAGAGAAAGACUUUACAUGUCCCUCAGUGAUGGAGUUCCCUCAGCAUUCCCAGCAGCUGUUGUCUGCUCUGCGCUCCCAGCGGCAGCGGGGUUUCUUGUGUGACUGCACUGUCCAGGUGGGCUCGUCCCGUUUCCUGGCUCACCGGGCAGUCCUGGCCUGCUGCUCGCCUUUCUUCCAUAUGUUCUACUCUGAUUCUCCCGGGGGAGGAAACGGUUCCAGCAGCUCUGUCACACUGGACAGCGAUAUCGUCACGGCCGCUGCCUUUGGCUUGCUCUUGGACUAUGUGUAUGAAGGUGUGCUGCAGCUGGAAGCUGCUCUGCCAGUGGAGGACAUAUUGGCAGCAGCCAGUUUCCUGCAUAUGAACGAGGUGGUGCGGGUGUGUAAGAGGCGGCUGCAGAAACGAGGGCCUGUGGCUGAGGCAGACAGCACUCGCUCUGAAGAGAGCGCUGUGGCGAGGAACACCACAGAGGUGGAGAGGGAGAGUGGGGGUGACGACGGAGUCAGGCCUUUGGUCACUGUGGCAGCAGGUCAUUCAAAUGCAGCUGCCGUACCAGCACCACUGUCUUCAGUAUCCAUAGCAGCAGAGAGGAGUCAGACAGACACUGUGAAGUCAGAGAGCAGGGCUGGUGCUGGGUCAUCGCAAGCACGAGGACAGACCCCUCCGAGCCCUGACCUGGCUGAUACCACACAGCCGGGGAUGGACGCCCCUCCUCUACGUCCUGGGGGAGAACUGCCUCUGCCUGUCCCUGCUUCUGCAGCUCACAUCAGACUAGGCCCUGUGGGUCAGGGAGAGGGCUCGGCCCUCUGUAGCCCGUGCAGCACCACUGAGACAUACAGCCACAGCAGUAACCAGCAGCCGUCCUCCUCCUCCUCUUCUUCCUCUGUGGUCCCAGUGAACCAGGCCAGUGGUCAGUCAGUGGUCGCUCUGCCCCGGUCAGACUCCAGGCUCUCCUCCAGCCCUGAGCAGGACGGCCCCCGCCUGCCCUCCGAUGAUGACUCCGCCAGGAUGCCCUCAGAGACCGGCCACAGACGCACAACCAGCGGAGGGCAACAGAUGCUCAUGUUAAUUCAUGCACAAGCACUGCCAUCACAUUUAGAAGCAAACCCGGCGCACUCGUCACCCCAGCGCACAUUUCCCCAGAUCCGAAUCCACAACCCAAUAUCGCUCCAACGCCGGAGCCCAGACUUUCGCCCGACUCCCCAGGCCCAAGCGCCUACGAGACCUGAGGCGGAGACGGGAGCAUCCGCCAGCGUGAGAGAUAGAUCCAGUGGAAGAACAGUGAGGAUGGAGGAGCACAGUGGAGAAAAUGUGAAAGUAAAGGUGGAAGCCAUUGUGAUAUCUGAUGAAGAGCUAGAGGAGGAGAAAGAGAGAGGGAGGGAGACAGAGCUGGUGAUGGAGGUAGACGAUGAGUUCGAGGAUGAUAUGCAGCAAGAGGAGCUGCAUAGCCCCCAGUAUCUCACCUCCCACUCCCAGAGCCUUUUACAAAUGAACCCCCAAUCAAACGAGGCUUACUCGUUCCCUGUGUCCCCCUCCUCCUCGUCCUCUGGUGCGGGCCCUUCCUCCCAGGAUACCUCCUUCGCCCCCUCUGUCUUCCCUGCGUCCGCAGCCCAGCAGCAUUCUGACCCCCCUGCCUACUUCCAAGAAUUCCAGGACCCCAUGGGAAAUUUCGUGGAGGAUGUCCCGACGUGUGGGGUGUGUGGAAAGACCUUCUCAUGUACAUACACGCUGAGGCGCCACGCCAUCGUGCACACGCGGGAGCGGCCAUACGAGUGCCGCUACUGUUACAGGAGCUACACGCAGUCAGGUGACCUGUACCGGCACAUCCGCAAGGCCCACGACCACAGCCUGCCGGCCAAACGCAGCAAGGCAGACCUGGAGGCCCAGCUGCCACCACAACCACCACCGCCGCCUCUCAGCUAACACACAGUUGUAUCCCUGCAUUUGUGCCCUUUUACAAACCUGUUCAUUCCCUAACCUUUGCUCUCACAAUCUGCCAAACCUUAAAACCUAAUUCCCACCUAAUAUUAAUUCUAACUCUAAACCGAAGUCCUAACUGUAAACUAGUUCCUGGAAGAUUUUCUUCAUUUUUGUAUCCGUAAGGACUUUUUUCCAAUUAAAAAAACACAGACAGACAAACUAGCCAGAUGGUAGAGAUAUUUUGCCCAUUUCUACAGCAUUUUGUCUCAUAACAGGGAAUGACUUCUGUUUUGCUGAAGGUUUUUCCCGUCACUGUCAAUGAACAGCCUGUUGUCCUCAGCAUCAUGUUUUCUUCAUGAAUAUAUGUACAGUGGGAAAAAAAUGAUCACUACUCAAAUGGCCGCAAGAAGUUACUGAUGAAGUUCAUGUCAUCAUUCAGGAGAACAUAUCUAAAAAGAUCUAAUAUAUAGCAGAAGUGCCUGUGAAAUCCUAAGACUAGUGUCUGCUGCGUUCAAUCAGAAUGUCUAAGAGGGAACAGCAAUUGCAGUUAGAAGUAUAUCGAUGAACUUAUUCAGCUGGAUGGCCUUGUUCUUUUACUGCCUUUUCGGUGUUUUAUCUAGUCCACUUGCCUGUGACUUUGUGCCAAUAACAUUUGACUAAUUGUAAAUGUGGUAGCGUUGUAUGUAUUUAACGAAUGUUGGGCAACAAACCCCCAAACCCUUGCAGACUAUGGAUGCAUCUCAACGCUGCAAAAGUCACUCCAUUUGAAUUAGAAUUAGGACUCGUCCCUCCUCUCAUUUCUCAAUUUGUACAUCUUUGGUUCCUUUCCUCAUGUCUUAGCCCCUCCUGUGUGAGAUGCAAGCAGAGAACGGAGCAAUUGAAGCAACAGCUGUUUAACAAAUGAUACAUCCUGGCUCACUCAAGCCUUUUUUAAAGUGCCAUCAAUUACUUGAGACACGCUAUACACCCGUAGGUCUUACUUCCCUAUAUUGGGCUGUAUUGUUAAAAUCAACUAAAUCAUCUUGACAUAAACUUUUUUCACUGCUAAGGAAAAUAAUUACAGUAUUAUACAGUCAUUCACAGUCACAUCAUUCAAUAUUAUACAGUGAAAGAUGAAACUCUUGUCAAAAAUAAGUAUUUGGGAUGAUGCAGGAUGUCUUCGUGUACCUGUCAAACAUCAACACUGGAAUGACAGAGGAUGAACUGAGAAAUGAGAAGGGCCUUUGGUACUGAGGGGGAGUGAUUUAAGUUUUGGGAUGCACCAAUCACCUGCUCGGCUCGGGUCGUUGCCCAUGCCACUUCUGUACUCUGAUCUUUCCCUGUCCUCUGUAAUCUGUUUCUCUCCUUUAUGAAGAGAAGAAUAUUUCAGCACACUUUUGUGCAUGGACACUUGUAGUCUAUUGUAAUCGUCUGGCACAUUUUACCCUCUCUGCAAAUUUCUAAAUCUGUCCAUGAACGAUUGCUUUUUUCACUUUGGAAGUUGUUGUCACUAUUUAAACUCAACAGUAGGGCUGUAGUCUGUUAGUCGACUGGUCAAUUUAUUGGUCGAUACAUUCUUGGUCGACCAAAAUCUGAUUGGUCGAUUAUUUGCUGUGUUAAUUUUAUCAGGAGUAAAGCACUAAGUGCUAAUGGGGGUGUUUUCAUAACAGCCUGUUUCACAGGUAACAGUCUGUCUUCAGAACACCCCCCUUGUUUUCAUAAUUUUGGAUUAGCUCAACCCACUGGCGGAGACAGAUAGCUAGGCCCGUAUGUUCUGAAUUGAAGAAAAACUUAGGCCUGGUUUUCUGAAUAUUUGCUUAAUUAAGAACGUUUGAUGAACAUUUAGUCCUCUACCAUGUGCACGUGAUGCAAC